AAAGCCUUCCACUUCCGCGCAACAAACCCGAGAUAAACCCUAGAAGCCAGAGCCCCCGCAGUCAUGGCCAUGCCCUAACGCUCGUCACUCCCAAACCCUCAAUCUCACCGGGCAUCGUGUAGAGGAUAACAAUGAAGAGAAAGGAACAGCAAUCCGCAUUAAGGAGAAGGAAGAAAGCAAAAACUGAUAGUGAUGAGCAGAAUGACGAAGAUAGGAUUAGCAAGUUACCUGAUGAACUACGUAGUUACAUACUGUCGAAGCUUCCUACGGCUGAUGCUAUGAAGACCAGCCUCUUAUCAACAAGAUGGAAACAUACUUGGACCUCAGUGACCAACUUAGAGUUUGAUUUUGGUCAGUUUCCCAAAUUUAAGGGGAGGAAUUCAGCAUUCACCAAAUUUGUUAACCAAGCUAUCAUUACUCAUGACGGACUAGACAUACAGCGGUUUCAUCUCCAAUUAUAUGCAUACAGGAGUAAACUACCCUAUGCUCGUUUUUGGAUCAGCUUUGCAGUAAGACAUUUUGUCCAGGAGCUUGAACUCUGUAUUCCUAAAAUAGCAUUGGAUAAGUUACCUGAUCUGCUCUUCACUUGUGAAUCAUUGAGGCUUUUGAAGCUGGACUUGUCAGGCAAUGUUCUCAAACUCCCAACAUCUGUUACUCUGAUUAACCUUCAAACUUUGCAUCUUGAGUCUAUGUCUUUUCGAGAUGAUAAUGUUGUUUGGGAGCUUAUAUCAAGUUGCCCAAAACUGGAGAAUUUGACCUUGAACAACUGCUCAAUGUACGGCAUGAAGAUCCUGAAUAUUUGUUCUAGUGAACUGCAGAAUUUGUCUCUACUUAACUGUCAGACCUUUUCUUCCUGUGAGGUCAACAUCUCAGCUCCGAAGCUCAAGACAUUCCGGUACCACUGUUCUUUGGUUCGCAAAUUGUCUCUUGAGCACGUGUGCACCUUAACCAAAGCGGACAUUGAUCUCCAUGGAUCGCUAUAUUUCGUAAAAAGGGACAAAGAACUUUCCAACAGAGCCAUUAGGAUUCUCAAGGAACUUGAUAAUGUUAGAACCCUCACUUUAUCUGCCAGGUGCACUGAGUACCUUUCUACUGCAAUAGACUUGUUGGGAAGCUUCUCUUGCAACUUACGUACUGUGAAGCAUUUAGAUGUCGCAUUCUGGUCUCACAAGAGCUACAUCAAAGUGCUAAGUUCCUUGCUCAAGUGCUGCCCCACAGUUGAAACCCUUUCUGUAGGCAUUGACAUGCAGACAUUUACAGGAUAUAGUGAUGUACCAUUGAAGAAUGUCAAGACAACAAUACCAAAAUGCCUACUGCACAAACUGAAGACUGUGAAGCUGAGGAACCUUGUGGGCGUUAACAAGCUUGAUCUGGUGAAGUUUCUGGUCAAGAAUGCAGAGGUGUUAGAGAAGAUCAUCACUGUUUCAAAGGAAGGAGUCGUUAAGGAAAGGACUGUGGAAUGGAUCAAAAGUCGUGCACAAUCCUUGGUUAACAGUAACAGAAAAACAACUUGAUCCGUACAUUGAGAAAAAACAGAAAACAAUAUCUCAUUUGUGUCAAAUCAAACAGAUUUAGGUGUAAUUCUUGUCAUUGUAAUUGAUGUUCAAUGUUUAUUUUUACAGUU